AUGAGCAGAACGCGCAAGGAUAGAGUAGGGAUCUUCUGGGAUUUCCAGAAUCUCGGUGUCGCAGAUCCGUCCUGGGUAGAUGGUCGCUCGGUUGUGAGCAGAAUACGCUCCAUAGCUCGUCGCUUUGGCGUUAUCAAUGUUUUCCAAGCCUACGUGGAUGUAGGAAGCAUCGCUCACCUGGUCGAGGUACGGUCAGAACUACAGACGUCGGGGGUGUCACUAGUCGAUUGUCCGCGGGACGGAGAGAACAAUGUGAUUGAAACGAUGAUGUUAGGUCGGUGCGCUCUCCUACGCCUCCAGAAAGCUAAUGAUACGUCCCGACUCAUGCGCACGAAUUUAGUGGAUAUGAUGGCGUUUCCUAUGGACUGUUCUACGCCUGUAACUCUCAUCCUGGUAUCGAGCAACCACCACUUUGCGUAUGCCAUAUCGGUCCUUCGCAUGCGCCACCAGGACGUGGUGGUUAUAUCGAAAGAUGCCCAUGGAGUGCCUCUCCAACAUGUCGCGUCCCGAAUCAUAGACUGGGAACGUGAUGUACUGGGUAGGGAUACAUCCGAUUCAUUGUCGAUACAACACGGUGGUUCCUUGAACGCUGCGAAAGGCACGGAAGCGUCUAAUGAAUUUGAAUCCAGCAGUGCAUCGGGGCGCCCCGACUCGUACUGUGAUCGCGUUUCCACCGAGCAUCCUGACGUAGUGGCUGAGAGAUCCAAUGAGGCUAUAAUGACCAUGGGUCCUCAAGAUCUACCGGUUAACGAGGAAACAUCAAAGCUCCAGUUAACCGACGAGGUAGAAGAGACAGACAAGCUGCGCGAUCAUGUUGUCAAUGCUCUAUCGUCUGAUGGGUUAAGCCUUACUACAGUGGAGGGCAGCCCAGAGUACCCGGAGCCAGAAAGCACCUACGCCCCUUCCUCGAUAGAUGUCGAGAUGGUGGAGACGUUAUCGCAUCCCGCCAACGCUUUUGACAAAGAAGCGGUUAUUCUUAUGCUGAAAGGAGACGACGACGUUCAGCCAAGCGACCCUGCUUUCAAGUCGGAGUCGCAAGUACAAGCUGCUUCUUUGUACCAAGAGUCGUCUCCGCCUUCUACCUCAAUGGCGGCGCUAGGACCCGAGACUACCGCCUUGAAUGGAAGGCAGAAUAACGGCGCGCUGACGGCACCAGGACCGAUGGGAAGCCAAUUGGAUCACUUGCACAAUGCGAACGCCGGGCCGACCCUCUUAUCCAUAGACUGGCACUAUAGGCCUUUCGUGGAGUUUUUGGACAGGAGACGUAUGAGCGGAACGUCGCAACUGACCUGGGAGCAAGCCAAAGAAUUGUUUUGGAACGGAGCGAUCAGAGAUGAAGUCUGUAGAACAUUUGCAAACUACGUCGUACGCUGCUCUGAAGCGGGGCUCAUCGACAUUGCUGUAGAACAAGAUUCUAAUGCAGCUGAAGGGACAAAGGCUUCUAUAGAACUGAGAGGUCCCUGGCACGGUGUGCUAUCCAGGACGGGGUCGUCUUCCGAAUGCAUGCUAUCUCGGACUUCGCGGCUUGUGAAGACGAAGACUCUAGCCCCUACUACACCGAACCCCGAGCGAGAAUCCUUCAAGAAUGAAGCUUCAUCUCCGGUCAUAGGAGAAUAUCUCGGUCGUGGGGUUACCAAUACUGAAGAUUUUAAUGUUGUUGCGCAUGGAUUGUCCCCUGAACCAUGUCAGGGCGAUUUCUUCCCUCGCGUGGCUAUUACCAUGCUUUCCGACAACCAUCCUCCUUCAAUGCUCCUUGACGGAGUAAUUGAUCCUGCUGCUCCCCGCCCAUCCACUGAGGAGCAGACUCGUGCCGCGGACUCACUCUCACUGUCUACAGAUAUAAAAUCGGCAGUCUCUCUGAACAGCAACGUUGGUGGAUCAGGGGAAGCUAGAACGCCAAGUUGCGAUGGGCCCUCUACGGCUUCGCAUAAAGCAACAACUUCCAAGGAGAAGCAGGAACAUAACGAAGGUGAAGGAAUCGAGCUAGGUGGAGGAGCUCCCUCUCCUCAACCUGGCAGUGUUACGAAAAGCUGGUCUUCGAUCGCGCCCCGCUACAGGCCCCUAGUUGCGUAUCUGGAGAGGAAGCGUCUGAGCGGCGCCCAGGAGAUAUGUUUUCCACAAAUCGCCGAGGAGUUCUGGACAGGUGCCAUGAGAAGCCGAGUUGCAACUGACGGUCGUCUCAAACUGUAUAUUGAAGAGUGCCAUCAAGUUGGGAUUGUUGCUCGCUCAUUCAAGGUUGAUCCGGGAAACCGACACGUGAAGGAGAGAAAGAAAUACAUAUCGCUGCGAGGUGAAUGGCACGGGAUAUUCUCGGGUAAUAUGUCCGAAUCUUUCAACGCCACAGAUUCAAAUGGCCAAUGGUCCUAUCCGGAUGUCGACCUUCACCUCGGAGAGCCUGUCAGAAUAGAAAAGUCAUUCAUACAUUCACGGUAUCUGCCAUUGGUGGAAUAUCUGAAGCACAAGCGUGAAAGCGGGAUCGUGAAAGUAAGCUGGGACGAGGCUACCAAGUCGUUCUGGACCGGCGUCAUACGGGAGCAGAUCGGCGGUCAGUUUGGACGGUACGUCAAGGAUCGCAGCGAGGCUGGGUUCGUCGACAUUAUCGUAUACAAGAAAGGCACGAAAAAGAAUAAACACAAGGAAAAGUAUAUAGCCUUGAGGAGCUUCCCAGACGGCGCGGUAUCAUGCCCUCACGGGGCCUGUCCAAGUUCAGGGGUGCGGGUUACAGACGACAAAGCCUGCAAUAGCAAGGCUGCAGGCGUACCGGUGUUCUCUAAAGUGGCAAGCGCCAUCACUGACACUGAACAAGAGUCGGGACCUAUCCUAGACACCAGGACCCUUGGCUCUCCCCAGGCAAUCGUUACACCCAUGGGAGAUAGAUCACCUGUAUCGAUCCCACCGAGCCUAGAGCAGGACUAUAUCACAAACUCAUCGACUGCGGGCAGAACACAAGACAACAGCGACGCUGCUACACUUCCGCAAUCGAACCAUCCUACCAUGCCUGGGUCCCCAGCGAAGUCCGAGACUGCAUUGAGUGAUGCAUCCUCGGACUCUUACCAGACCGCAACGUCUUCGAUGAUCUACGAGGACAGGCGGGAGGAAUCGGCCUCUGCAGAGAAUAACUCCACGACUGGAAACAAACCUAGCGAGGUUACGAACAGAUCCAGUUCAAAAAGUAUCCAUUGGUCUGUAUCCGAUCUUCCGGAAGUGAACGUGCCACCUACAGUAACUCUCGACUCGCCUCCUAGCCAAGAUAGUGUUCAACGGUUAUCCUCUGCUGUCGAAGCAGGAUAUGCCAAGCCAGAGUCGGCUCAUCAAGACAGACACGGCUCCUCAGGACCAUAUCCGUCUUCUGCCGAUACGCUUCUCGAUCGCGUUGCUUCGACCCAGUCCAUAGAACACAAGAAAUGCAACACUCCCACAGAGAUGUCGACAGGUGUGGAGCGGAUCAGUCAGGAUGCAAGCAGAAAUCCGACGUCAUCUCCCCCAGUGUCUGGAAAGUCAGGUUCCCGGACGACUUCGCCGAUAGUGUGGGUCGAUGGUAUAGUGGAUCUCGAAGAUCUUCCUGGCGAGUUGCGACCUGCCCCUGUGCCCUCUUCGUCCUCUAACUCGACGACUACCCCUCACAAUAGCCUGCCCUCGGUGCCCUUGGAAUUCAGGGUGCUAGUCGUGUACUUGGAGAAAAGAUGUCGGAUGGGUGUUCCGCAAGUACGACGUUGCACGAUCAACGAAAGGGUAUUCAGGCGGAACCCUCAGAUUGCUGCCGGUAAAACAAUUAAGCAGUACAUCGCAAGAGCCAUCCAACUUGGUUUCGUGACCCGCUCGGAGAUGAAUGGGAAGAAAGGUCAAUGGUUUGAGCUCGGAGCAAAAUGGCGCGGUCUAAGGUUGCCUGAAGACGAGCCUUCGUCUUCCGCCUACAGAUCCGAUCAAGCCGCUACUGCGAACACGGGUCCCGAAAAACUUGAGGCACCUAAAGACAAGCUGACACAGGGUACAGCGAAUACUCAGGUCACUACUGAAGACUCGGCAUCAUCUCAUCCAACAUCGGCUCUGUCUUCAGUGGCUUCGCCGCCUUCGAAGCAUUCCAUAGUGUGGAGUGAGGGGCUAGAGGAUCUCGCAGAGCUCCCUCUCGGAUACAGACCGCCGUCUGAUAUUCCAAUGUCGGUACCACCCAUCAAGCUGUCGUCAGUGCCCUUGGAAUACAGACCGCUGGUGAUGUUCUUAGAAGAGAAGCGUCGCGCCGGUAGGCCAGAAGUUGGGUGGGCUAGCGUCAACAAGAAUGUUUGGGUCAAGCCUAGGCAGCCUCCGGCUGGCGGGAAGUUCCAAAGAUACGUGGAACGAGCUGCUGCAAAAGGGCUGGUAAACAUCAGAGGAAUGUCCGAACCGAAAGCAGCAAGGGCGAUUGCACUACGAGAGGAAUGGCACGGUGUAUCGACGACAUGA